UGUUUAGUAGCACCCUUUUUCAGUGUAUGGCUGCUUGCUACACACGUGUGACUUGGAUCUAAAAUUGUUUGUUUCACAAAGCUAAAACAGACAAUUGAAAAAUGAGUGAAGUACCAGAAGCAGAGCCCGAAAAGAAAAUUAUUGCGUUUCAUCAGAUGAAUCUUGACGAUCGCUUACUCAAAGCUAUUGCCAAACUCGGCUGGGUGUCUCCAACGCUCAUUCAAGAAAAAGGAAUUCCUCUGUUUUUAGAAGGUAAAGACGUGCUGGCAAAAGGCAGAACAGGAUCGGGUAAGACAGCCGUGUUUGCCAUCCCCAUCAUUCAGAACAUCCUGACAGAGAAACAGACAGCCAAAGAGCAAGUCACUCGUGCAUUAAUCCUUGCACCAACUAAAGAACUUUGUCAGCAACUUCACAAAGCUUUUCAGUCAUUUACCACCAGUUGCUCUCGUGAUGUCAGCAUUGUAAAUGUUGGCUCUCAGACAGCAAUUUCUGGACAAAAAACACUAUUAGCGGCACAUCCUGACAUAAUCAUUGCAACUCCUUCAACCAUAUUGAUCCAUUUGGUGUCUAAAAAGCUUGUGCUGAAAGAUUCCCUUCAAUUCUUUGUUAUUGAUGAAGCUGACUUGGUUUUUUCUUUUGGUUUUGAAGAAGAUCUGAAGAGUGUGCUUGGAUACCUUCCCACUGACUAUCAAUGUGUUUUGACAUCUGCCACUUUGAGUGACGAUAUUCAGAGUUUGAAACAAUUGGUCCUUCACCAACCUGUAACACUGAAAUUGGAAGAACCUGAACUGCCUCCAGCAUCUCAACUUACACAAUAUCAAAUUUAUGCUGAAGAAAAUGAUAAGGCAGUUUUAAUCUAUGCCCUAUUCAAGUUAGGUCUGGUGCGAGGAAAAACCAUCAUCUUCGUUCGAAAUGUUGACCGUUGUUACAAGUUAAAGCUAUAUCUCCAACAGUUUGGAAUCCCGUCGUGUGCUUUGAACGGGGAAUUGCCCGUCAACUCUCGUUGCCAUAUUGUUCAACAGUUUAACGCUGGAAUUUAUGACAUUAUUAUCGCUUCGGAUGAAUCGACAUUAGAAGAUCCCAAUUAUGCUUCCGCCGACCAGUCAAACAAGGGAAAGAGGAAAAAUGAUAAAGAAUCCGGAGUUGUACGGGGUAUUGAUUUUCAGUUCGUUUCGAAUGUGAUCAAUUUUGACUUCCCAUCUGACGUUGAUUCCUACAUUCACCGAGUGGGACGAACUGCCCGGGGUAACAACAAAGGAACCGCCCUCUCUUUCGUUAGUGUCAGAGAGAAGUAUCUUAUGGAACGAGUAGAGGAACACCUUCAAGAUUGGGUUCCUCCCGGCCAGGACUCUGUCUUCAAGCCUUACCAGUUCAGAAUGGAAGAGAUAGAAGCUUUCCGUUACAGAUCCCAGGAUGCUUGGAAAACAGUAACACGAAUUGCUGUCAGAGAAGCACGUUUAGCGGAGAUUAAAUCAGAAAUGAUGCAAUCCAAAAAACUGAGGUCUCAUUUUGAAAACAACCCAAAUGACAUGGGGAUAUUGCGUCACGACAAAGCCCUGCACACUGUGCGCAUUCAAAGCCAUCUAAAAGACGUGCCUGAUUAUAUCAUCCCGCCUACCUUAAGAAGACUCGCUAAGGCUAGCGGCAAUAAAGCGCGCGGGGGCCAAUCCAGCCAUGGCGAAGGACGAACUGGCAAAAAUGAAAAAUCAUUUUUGAAACGGAAAGAUAAUCCUUUGCUUACUUUUGAGUUUGACGGAUUUAAAAAGAAAGCUAGGAAGUAACCUAUUCUCUGUAUAAUUUGUUCUUACGCGCCAUUACAUAAAAGGAUUCGAUAACGUG